AUGAACGGGCUGAAUUAUCGUACAUGUUAUAGCAGCGCUACUUUCAUUCUUAUAGAAGGUUCAGUGCGCUAUGGCCCAGUACACCAGUUGGGGGAAGUGCGCUGUGGCCCAGCAGACCAGUUGGGGGAAGUGCGCUAUGGCCCAGUACACAAGUUGGGGGAAGUACGCUAUGGCCCAGUACACCAGUUGGGGGAAGUGCGCUAUGGCCCAGUAGACCAGUUGGGGGAAGUGCGCUACGGCCCAGCAGACCAGUUGGGGGAAGUGCGCUAUGGCCAAGUACACAAGUUGGGGGAAGUACGCUAUGGCCCAGCAGACCAGUUGGGGGAAGUGCGCUAUGGCCCAGUACACAAGUUGGGGGAAGUGCGCUACGGCCCAGCAGACCAGUUGGGGGAAGUGCGCUAUGGCCCAGUACACAAGUUGGGGGAAGUGCGCUAUGGCCCAGUAGACCAGUUGGGGGAAGUGCGCUAUGGCCCAGCAGACCAGUUGGGGGAAGUGCGCUAUGGCCCAGUAGACCAGUUGGGGGAAGUGCGCUACGGCCCAGCAGACCAGUUGGGGGAAGUGCGCAACGGCCCAGCAGACCAGUUGGGGGAAGUGCGCUAUGGCCCAGCAGACCAGUUGGGGGAAGUGCGCUAUGGCCCAGUACACAAGUUGGGGGAAGUACGCUAUGGCCCAGUACACCAGUUGGGGGAAGUGCGCUACGGCCCAGCAGACCAGUUGGGGGAAGUGCGCAACGGCCCAGCAGACCAGUUGGGGGAAGUGCGCUACGGCCCAGCAGACCAGUUGGGGGAAGUGCGCUAUGGCCCAGCAGACCAGUUGGGGGAAGUGCGCUACGGCCCAGUAGACCAGUUGGGGGAAGUGCGCUACGGCCCAGUAGACCAGUUGGGGGAAGUGCGCAACGGCCCAGUAGACCAGUUGGGGGAAGUGCGCUACGGCCCAGCAGACCAGUUGGGGGAAGUGCGCUACGGCCCAGCAGACCAGUUUGGGGCAGGAGGGGGGUGUCGGGGAGAAGGUCUCCGUGCUGUCUUUUAG